UCUUCGGUCGUCACCGCGUCCGGAGAGCAAGCCAGGAGAUGUGCAUCGGCAGGUCCUUUCCCAAAUUGGAGGAGCUCGAAGUCAGAGGAGACGCCGGGCUGGUCAUUUAGCGAUCUAGUCCUCCUAGUAUAGAGGAUGAAGAUCAGUGUGAACCGGCUGAACUUUUUGGGAAUCACGUAGUUCUCAGCGUCGUUCACUACUGUGCUAGCUAGCUGUCUCGCAACUCCACGAUGCAUGGAGAUUGAGGAGUACAUGGAGAAUUGAGUUUUAUAUUUCUCUGGAGGUAGACACCAUGCACUUCCACAGACGAUCUACAGGUCGGGCAUCGGUCGUUUCCUCUCCUGAUCUGCCCGCUCUCCGCGAACGCUUCAGGAUGCUGGUGAUUCUGGUGCUAUGUUGCCUCCAGCUCAGUGCUUGCGCCGUUGGUGAAGAGGAUACCACCUUCGGAGAAAUAAGUAGAAUCGAGACUCUUGAUGAGACUCUCCAGGAUCCAGAUUUCGAUGCACUUGCAGAAUGGGCCGGGAAAGAGCAUGGCAGCAUCAAAAUCGAGAGUGUGCUCCCUCCGGCGGCGGCCUCCGUUGGAACGCAUAUGGGCCAGCAACAAGCACACGGCGGUCCCACGAGCCAGCGAGAGCUGCAGCAGUUUAGACUUCAGGACCAAGCCGUCGACACUUCGUUAACGAAUCGUCAUGAGCCUCUCCAUCGUUUUCAGGAGGAAUCUGCACACUCCAGAGGAAUAUCUCGCACUUUGCUCCAAGACAGCUUCGGGGAGGCCGAUGCGCUCCUGCAAUUCAAGGCCGAAAUCGAAAACUAUGCGGACAACGCUUUGGAUGGAUGGACAACGGGGAAUCGCUCCACCUACUGCUCGUGGACGAGGGUCAUCUGCGACGAUGAGCUGCACGUGAUCUCCCUCAACUUCUCCGGGCUGAAUAUGAACGGCACUUUGGGUCCUUCGUUGGGCAAGCUCGAAUACCUCGAGGACCUAGAUUUGAGCCUUAAUAUUCUGGUCAGCGAGCUGCCCGUGGAAUGGGGCCGGCUGCAGAGGCUGCAGACCUUGAACGUCCAUGAUAAUUUUCUCUUCGGUGGAGUUCCUGCAGAGUACGGCAACAUGUCCAGCUUACGGGUCCUCAACGUCGGAUCGCAGGGCGAGUUCUUCAAUGGGUCCAUUCCGGAGGAGCUGGGUCUGCUCUCUGAGCUCGAGGUUCUGGCUCUGGGCGCGCUCUUCAAUUUCGAUGCCAAGCAGGAGUACGACUAUUACCCGUCGAACAAGAUGAGAGGCCCCAUUCCCAAGUCCAUCGCCAACUGCACGAAGCUGUGGUACUUGGAUUUCUUCGGCAACAACUAUCUGACGGGUCCCAUUCCGAGAGAGUACGGCCAGCUUCUCAAUCUGGAGUAUCUGAGCUUCGAGCAGAACAACUUCACAGGCUCCAUCCCAUCCGAGCUGGGCAACCUGACGAAGAUCAAGUUCCUCCACUUGGGAAAAAAUGCUCUAGAGCGAGAGUUCCCCGUGGAGCUGGCGUCGCUGUCGGAGCUCGAGUUCCUGAACGUGGCGAACAACUUCCUGACGGGGAGUUUUCUGACAGUGGAGUCCACUUCGUGGAGUCGGCUCGAAAAGCUUUUCAUCAACAGGAACAACUUUCGUGGCGGUUUUCCCAGAGCUGUGACGGCCAUGACGGCGCUGACGGAGUUCGAAUUGUUACAUAACGAGUUCACCGGCGGCCUCCCCGAGAACCUGGGGCAGCUGGCCAACCUCCAAGUGUUCGAUUUCGGAUACAACCAGCUGGACGGGGAAUUGCCCGACAGCCUCAACAACUGCACGCAGCUCUUUGAGCUGGGAGCAUCGAAUAACAACCUCACGGGCACGCUGGAGCCGCUGAGAAACCUCUCGCUGCUCCAUUACCUGUACGCAUUGAACAACAGGCUCACGGGCACGCUGGAGCCGCUGAGAAACCUCUCGCAGCUCCGUGAAUUGGAAGUAUGGAACAACACGCUCACGGGCACUCUGGACCCGCUGAGAAACCUCUCGCUGCUCGUUCUGCUGACCGUAGUGGACAACAGGCUCACGGGCACUCUGGAGCCGCUGAGAAACCUCUCGUUGCUCGAAAACCUGCUCGCAGGGAACAACAAUCUCACGGGCACGCUGGAGCCGCUGAGAACCCUCUCGCAGCUCUCAUCCCUGUACGUAGCGAACAACGGGCUCACGGGCACGCUGGAGCCGCUGAGAAACCUCUCGGAGCUCUCGCUCCUGUACGCAUCGAGGAACAGGCUCACUGGCACGCUGGAGCCAGUGAGAAACCUCUUGCUGCUCUCGGACGACAUCACGGACUUGCUCCUGAACGACAACGACUUCCGAGGCCCCAUUCCCGCCGAGCUCGGCAAGCUGCCGAACUUGCGAUUGCUCUACCUGCACAAUAACGGGCUGUCAGAGCCCAUACCCACGAGCUUGGCCGACCUGGAGAACAUCGAACAGAUCAAUCUGAGCAACAAUUCUCUGACGGGAGGAAUCCCUCCAGAGCUGGGGCGACUGCAGUACAUGGAGUAUCUCAUCCUCCACAGCAACAACCUCACGGGAACCAUUCCCGCGUCUCUGGCGAACUGCAGCUCGCUGAGAAACAUCAGGCUGAGCAACAACAAGCUCACGGGCAAUGUGACUCGGAUUGACUUCUUGCAGCUGCGAUCCCUCGAGAGCUUUUCUGUCAACGGGAACCAGUUGGGCGGAGAGUUUCCCUUGAGCGUGUACAACUGCACGGAUCUGAAGCUCCUAGACCUGAGCAGCAAUAAAUUCUCAGGGGAGCUCCCCGACAACUACGAGUACUCUCAGCCAGUGCUGCGCGCAUUGCGAGUUUUGAAACUAUCAUCCAACGAAUUCGGUGGCCGCGUGCCUGGAUGGAUCUGGAACCUACCGGAGCUGCAAGUGCUCGACUUGUCGCACAACUCAUUCACGGGAGUCUGGCCCACCAAUCUCUCGGGGUUGGAAGGCUUUAGUCGCCUCGAAGCAUCGCCAGACGACGCCGGGGGAGGCAGCAGUGUCAUCGACGUAAACGUCGAUGGAAUCGAUGGGGUCGAGGUGGAGGGGAAUACAUUGCUCGAGCAAAUCUCCAUUGAGGCCAAAGGUUCGCGACUCGAACUCGAGUACGUCCUCGAGACUCUGUUCUCCAUCGACCUGUCAUACAACCAUCUCUCCGGGAAGCUCCCGUACGCGCUUGGAGAGCUGCGCAGGUUGACGUACUUGAAUCUGACGCAUAAUAAUUUCUCGGGAGAAAUACCUCAGGUUUUCGAAGAUCUGCUGCGUCUCCAGUCGCUGGAUUUGUCGGCCAACUAUCUCACGGGGAAGAUUCCUGCGGUGCUCAGCAGGCCCAGCUUGAGUUAUCUGAAUCUCUCCUACAACUUCCUCGAGGGCGAGAUCCCCACGGCGAAUGCUUUCUCCACGAGGUACGACAUUUCGUCCUUCAAGCCCGGGAACGAUCAGCUCUGCGGGGCCCCGCUCGAGACCACUUGUGCGGCGCAAGACAGCGACGCAAGCGGAAGCUCGGCCACACUCGGGGCUCCGUCGUUCGAGCUCCUGGAUGGUACAUUCUGGCGGGCCUUCGAGAUCGGAAUUCCGAUCGGGUUCAUGAUUGUGAUCGGGGUCGUGAUCGGAACGCUGAGAACAAUGCCCUGCGCACGACACUGGCUACUGCAUACUCAAGAUUCCGCUCGCCAUUUCAAUGACGGUAGAUACGGAGUGUUCAACGAACCGACAUAGACCAAAUCAUUCAGCAGCUGCCUGCUGCGUAUGCGACUGCUCGCUUUGCACCCGGCUGGACCCCGGGGACCAGCCGGGGCUUACGAGAUUCCACCUGAAUGGGGACUCGUUGUCCGCCAUACACAUGUGCUACUGCUGCUGGGCCUCUAGAUAGCACAGCGUUGUCUGCACUGAGUUGUUCCAAUUGGACUGUGUAAAGUAGAGCCAGAUUCCACGACGAUUCAUGAUUGCAGGAUUACUCCCCUUGGAAGCUUUUGUCUCCAGAUUGGAGCAGGUUCAUUGUAAUUACUUGAUGGGACCGUGGGAGACACAAAUCCCUUGAUGGGACCCACCACGUUUCAUUUUAUGUGAUAGGACCACAUUUGACGGAAAUGCAUGUCGCUCCUCCCUGAAGAACUCAGGAAUCCUUUCCUCUCGACGGGGUCCACUUCCAGCGACGAGACUUCCACACUUUCGCUUUAUCAGACUGGCAAAUGAUUCUUGGAUCUACUCGCUGAAUGUAACCUGGCCGCUUUCCACAUGCGCUCAGACCUCCAGAAAGUGUCGGCUUCCAUAAGACUGCAGCUGGAAUCGAGAAAGACUGUCCACAGGAAGCUGAUCAGAUGCAUGUUCAACCAAGCGAGAUCGACUUUGACGUCCUGAUCAGGAGACUCCUCCGCCAAUGUCACCGACAAUUUAGUACAGCCCGUUCCAAUGCUUCGAAUGGAGACCCGCCACGUGUUAAAACGAACACCAAUGAUUGAGCCCCUUCACUGGGAGACGUACCUUGUUACAACGUUGAUGCAUAUUAGUUCACAAGUUCGAGGAUCGAAACCACCACGGGCGAAAAUAUGGCAGCGCAUCCAUUAUAAUUUGUUUCGAUUAAGACCAUUCAAAUGUAACAAGAAUGAUAAGCAGUUGUAGAAUCUUCUC